AUGGUGACAGUUUACGGAGAGAAAUGUGUCUCUGACAAGUCUGUCAGAAAAUGGAGUGCCCGUUUUCGUGCAGGCCGUGAGAGGAUGGGUGAUGACCCGAGACCAGGCCAGGCAAACACUGUCAUAACGAGCGAUCUCAUUGACAAGGUGCACGACCUAGUGAGAAGUGAUCGGCGUGUCACAUUGCGAAUGUUGGCGGUGAAGGUAGAUGUCAGCUAUGGAAACGUCUGGACAAUUGUUCACGACAGUUUGCGAAGAAAAGGAAAGUGUGUGCCGCUUGGGUACCGAAGCAGCUCACGGAACAGCAAAGGGAACCGCGUAUGCACUGCAACAGCUUCGGUAUCAGGAAGACCCCGCUUUCAUGUAGCAGAUCGUUACAGGUGA